AACCUUCCCCUUUACCUCCCCCACCCCUCUAUUGCCACCCCCUUUUAAGUAAGAGGGUGAAGGGGAGCCACAGCGCACACGGGAACUGACUUGGAAGGCAAGGAAGAUGGGCAUCCUCAGCGUAGACUUGCUGAUCACAUUGCAGAUUCUGCCAGUUUUCUUCUCCAACUGCCUCUUCCUGGCGCUCUAUGACUCGGUCAUUCUCCUCAAGCACGUGGUGCUGCUCUUGAGCCGCUCCAAGUCCACUCGCGGGGAGUGGAGGCGCAUGCUGACCUCAGAGGGGAUGCGCUGCAUCUGGAAGAGCUUCCUCCUGGAUGCCUACAAACAGGUGAAAUUGGGUGAAGAUGCCCCCAAUUCCAGUGUGGUGCAGGUCUCCAAUCCUGAAGGAGGCGACGACAAUGAAAAUGGUGCCCAGGAGAAGAUAAUUGCUGGAGCCGAGUGCCACCUUCUUGACUUUGCCUGCCCUGAGCGCCCACUGGUGGUCAACUUCGGCUCAGCCACUUGACCUCCUUUUACUAACCAGCUGCCAGCCUUCAGCAAACUGAUAGAGGAGUUCUCAUCAGUGGCUGACUUCCUGUUGGUCUAUAUUGAUGAGGCUCAUCCUUCAGAUGGUUGGGCGGUGCCUGGGGAUUCUUCCUUGUCUUUUGAGGUGAAGAAGCACAGGAACCAGGAAGACAGAUGUGCAGCUGCCCACCGGCUUCUGGAGCGUUUCUCCUUGCCGCCCCAGUGCCGAGUUGUGGCUGACCGCAUGGACAAUAAUGCCAAUGUAGCCUAUGGGGUAGCCUUUGAACGUGUGUGUAUUGUGCAGAGACAGAAAAUUGCUUAUCUGGGAGGAAAGGGUCCCUUCUUCUACAACCUCCAAGAAGUCCGGCAUUGGCUGGAGAAGAAUUUCAACAAGAGAUGAAAUCUAGAUUUAACUAGUUAAAGGUAUGAUUGUAAUGGAGCGUAUAUAUAUAUAUGAAAGGAAGUGAAGAACUGAAUCCACUAGUUCAGCUGAAUCUCAUUGCCUCCACUGAAUCUCAUUGCCUCACUGAAAGACAGGAAUUUACAUCUCAGAAGAACAUAAACUUCUAUCAUCUCAAUGCUUCUUUCAACACCCAAAAUAGCAUUUGGCUAAAUAGUAGCCCCAUCACUUCUCUUUCUAAAAGAAACUUCAAAAUUUUUCUGAUUGUAAAGAUCCCAAGAAGGAGAGGAAGAAGCCCUGUUUGCGACAGCUGAUGCAUGCUUUGGGAUCUGAAGAAAAGACUCACCUGAAUAACUACCAUGUUAAAGAAGAAGCUACCAUUAUUGUUAGUAUAAGGGGUAUUGCCUAGGCUUUAUUCAGCAUGGAUAGAGCUCAACUAAAAUAUUCUUAAAUAUUUAUUUACAAUGGUGCCUUGAACCCAGGCCAGGUGGUUAGGACCUUGGUGUUUAAAUGUUAGUUUCUGAUGUUCUAGUUUCUAGCCAUGUAAUGCUCUAUACCAGUCUAAACAUCCCAGAGCUCACAGGUGUUUUUGUAGAUAUCAAGAAUGAUUCCUACCUGAAGGGUUAGAAUGAUCAUCUAAAACUGAGAGUUACUUUCAAGACAGAUGAGGAAAAUCAAGUUGACUAGCUAGGAAAAGGAGGCAGAAGGAUUAGGAAGCAUCAUAGAGCUUCACCUUGAGAGUAAUUUUUUAUCCACAGAAACAUGAAAAUAUACACAAGACCAGAAAAAUAAGUAGCUCAACUAAAAGUAGCAUAGAGAAUAUAUGUAGGGAAUCAAUAUAUUUAUCAUAGUAUACUCCUAGAUUAAGGGAGAAAGGGGAAUUGAAAGGGAAAAACACACUCUAAUAUUUGCAUUUCUGAGGGUUUUUUUUAAUAAUUACUUUUUGAAAUGUAUUUGUGGUGCGUAUAUUUUCAGUGGGUGAUUUGCACCCACACCAUUGAGAGGUAAAACCAAUGGAUCCAGUAGUACUGAUCUGUCCCACUCCAUCUCUACAAUUGUGAUGUGGCCCUACUCAUUCUUUGUUUUAAAAUAUUUAUUGUUGAAAGUUUUGCAUAUGUCCCCCUUUUUCCCUAUUGACCUCUUCUAGCCUGGCCCCACCCCAUACCCCCUGCCUGGCUCUAUUCGCCUUGAUCUCUAUAGAAGUGUUUAAUCAAUGCUGAGCUCUUUGGUUCAAAAUAUGUAUACACAUUCAUUCUCAGAUGCUGUGGGAGGUAGGUGUCUUACCCAUUCAACUACAGCCCUGUUUUUAUUUCAAAGUAGGUGAGCUAUAAUGAAUGACCAGUACAAACAAACAUGGUUUCUUCAGUUGCAAAAUAGAAGGGAAAAUUAGUUUGAGAUAAUUCCCGUCAAAGGCAAUCCUUAGUAGUAUGGAAUUUGGUAAAAUGGAAUAGCCAUUGACAUUUAAAUUUGGACUUGAAUCUUCCUUUGUUUCUAUUAGCUAAGGUCUAGUAAUCUAAGGCCUUUAGAGUACAUUAAUAUAAAGUUAUUUAUGGUAUAUAUAUCUCUUUAAAAUGAAGACAUGAUAGUUUUAUCUAUAAGUAACAUAAGUAAUAGACCUACAAAUUUUCUAUCAUAAAUUUAAGGACACUAUUAAACACAGUAUAUGUUUUUAUUUAUAUGUAAAAUCAAAGGUUCUUAUGACCAUUCCAUUAAUAAUUGAAUCAUAAAAUAAAAUUAAUAUAAAAAGAUAUCUAAAGUUGAAAAUAACUUUCUGAACUAGUUUCCUGAAGUGAAAAAGAUGUGAGAACUGAGUUUGCAAAAACCAGAAAUCUAUUUUUAUUUUUAGAUUGGAGUAAUAUAGUAAUCAUAUCACUGGUCAGUUUAUUGUUUAGGUAUUAAAGGGCCAUUUUAACUGACUCUUUAUACAACAUUUAAGCUUCUCAGUAUUUAAAUUCUACAAAGUACACCUACAAAGAAACAAAGCAGAUUUUGACAAUGUGACACAAAUUUCUGAAAAAAUCACAUUGAAAAUGGAUUAUUUCAGAGUUAUAUAGUUAAACUCUAUAACCCAAGGCUUAUCAGUGGGCCCCAUUGAUUUUUAUCUUCAUAAUGGUGUUGAGAUUUCUGUGGCACAUAACAGAUCAAUUGGUUGCAGCACACCCACCCUGUUUCCUUAAACUUUCCCCUUUGUUCUAUAUGUACAAUAAUGGAACAGGAUGUUAGAAAAGCUGGUAGGGGGAUGAGAUUCAGUGAAGGCAGUUAGUGCUCGUUGUCUGGGGAAAGGGUGAUAAAAAAAAAUCACCCAGUUGUGAUACAUUUUUAAAGAAAGAGAAAGUUGUGUGCGUGCAAUUCCUCUGGCUGAGGAUCAUCCAAUGGAGAAAUGAGGCAGUGGAAAUAGACAUACAAAGGCAUAGGCUGAAUAUCAGGGAAAAAGAUAUGUUCGAUAGAACAUAGAAGAGUCACUGGAAGAAAGACUGUUGGGGGCCAAUGGAGAAAAUGAAUUGACAAAGCUCAGGAAUCCUACAAUAUAUAGAAUGGCUUGGUGUUAUCAGAAUUAUGAUAAGUCUUUAAUUAUGUAACCUAUUUAUCUCAACAUAAACUUUUAUGAUUUUC